AUGUCGACCAACAGCAAGAAGACUUCGGCGACCAAGGCGACGAAGAAGGCCGCGCCCAAGGAGAAGGCUGUCCCCGCUCACCCGACUUGGAUCGAGAUGAUCAAGGAGUGCAUCGCUGAUAACACCGAGGACGCACGGCACGGUGUCUCACGCCCUCAGAUCAAGAAGUACGUCGAGGACAAGUACAAGCUUGAGAUUGGCAACGCGCAGACCACGCAGCUGAGCAAGGCUAUUGCUCGGGGCGAGGAGACCGGCGUCUUCGUCCUCCCCAAGGGCACCUCUGGGCGUGUCAAGCUUGCGCCGAAGAACAAGCAGCCCGCCGCCGAGGUCGCAAAGGAGAACAAGCCCACAAAGGCUGCCGCCACCACUACCAAGAAGCCUGCCGUCAAGAAGCCCGCUGCAGAGAAGAAGACGACCACGACCAAGACGGCAGCGGCCAAGAAGCCUGCAGCUGAGAAGAAGACGGCGACCAAGGCUGCCGCCACGAAGAAACCCGCGGCGGAGAAGAAGGCUGCCGCAACUGAGAAGAAGGCCGCCCCGGCGAAGAAGGCGGCGCCGAAGAAGGAGCUCGCAGGCCGCACGAAGAAGGCUACUCCUGAGAAGAAGACCACCACGGCCAGCAAGCGCGGGGCCGCCAAGAAGGAGGUGACGGGCACCAAGGCGACCACUAAGGCGAAGACUGCUGCCGCGAAGAAGGCGCCCGCAAAGGCUGCUUCGACGGGCACGCGUAAGUCUUCGCGCAAGUAA